AACUCUCUCUUGACCGCCAUCGACAGACACAAUGGGCUCCGCACCGUCAAAGCCAGCGCAGACAGCCCCAGCUGAAUACGACGAGAAGCGCCUCGCACGUUCCACCUCUGUAGUGACGCACAUGUCUGCCCUUGGCCCCCGCGCUCCCCUCUCUGCCAACGGUUCGCUUGCGCUCUCCAGCGUCGCCGCCUGGGAGGCAGAUGCGUCCGCUGAUGCCAAGACGCGGCUCGCGCGCACGAUCCUCGCGCACGCCGACAUCCGCUCGGCGCUCAUCCGGCGGGACGCGGUCAUCCAGGACUCGCACGUCUUCAACACCGAGCUCGAGUUCAAGACGAACCCGGUCACGAACCAGAAGAGCAGCGGCCGGUGCUGGCUAUUCGCCACGACCAACGUGCUGCGAUACCAGGUGAUGCAGAAACUCGAUCUGAAGGACUUCCAGCUCUCACAGAACUACCUGUUCUUCUGGGACAAGCUGAACAAGUCCAAUUAUUACCUCGAGCUGUCGAUCGAGCAUGCUGAUAUUCCUCUUGACGACCGUCUCGUGAGCCAUCUGUCUGGCGAUAUUAUCAGCGAUGGCGGUCAAUGGGACAUGGCUGUCAAUCUCCUGGAGACCUACGGCAUGGUCCCACAGCCAGUCUACCCAGAAUCCACGCACUCUUCCCUCUCCUCGCCCUUGAACUCCCUCCUCAAGACCAAGCUGCGCGAGCACUCCCUCAUCCUCCGCAGACUCUCCAGCUCCCUCCGUGCUUCCGGCUCCCUUUCGGAUGCGGAGGUCUUGGCCACGCUUCGGUCGAAGAAGGAAGAGCUGCUGAAGGAGGUGUACAGCGUGAUGAGUGCCACGCUCGGCGUGCCGCCUCAGCCCGACGAAAAGUUCGUGUGGGACUACUACGACAAGAACGGCAAGCCGGGCAGCUGGAAGGGCACAGCAAGGGAAUUCUACAAGGCAUUUGCGAGCAAGCAAUUCCCCGUGUCCGAGUCGUUCUCUCUGAUCAACGAUCCUCGGAAUGCGUACUCCACGCUCUACACCGUCGACAAGCUCGGAAACCUCUGGGGAGGGCGCCCAGUGCUCUACGUCAACACAGAGAUCGAGAACCUCAAGGGCGCGGUCGUGAAGAUGAUCAAGGCUGGGCACCCCGUUUUCUUUGGGUGCGAUGUUGGCAAGUUCUCCGAGAGCCAGUCGGGAAUCAUGGACACCGACCUGUAUGACUACGAGAACGCGUUCGAUAUCUCGCUCUCGCUCACAAAGGCGGAACGGCUGCAGACGAACGAGUCGUCGAUGACGCACGCCAUGGUGAUCUCCGGUGUGCACCUCGACUCCCAGACCGGCAAGCCCGUGCGCUACAAGGUGGAGAACUCGUGGGGCGAGGCGAGCGGCGACAAGGGAUACUUCAUGAUGACGGACCGCUGGUUCGAGCAGUUCGUGUACCAGGUGGUGGUUCCCAAGGCAUUGGCGCCGAAGGACCUCGUCAAGGUGUUCGAGGGAGGGGAGAAGACGGUGCUCCCUGCUUGGGAUCCUAUGGGUUCUCUUGCGUGAGUCUUUCUCGCCGGCGGUUGAUUGAGCGGCUUGGUUUGCGUAGGUACUUUGGGAAUGUUGUGGGAAUGUUGUAAUUGUAUCUGUAAGUCCCCAUGACAAUUGCUAUACCACGCUGUACUUUUUUUAGCUC